AUGCAGAGAGCUCUCGGUUCCAGGACUUCUGUCCUUUCCGCUGCUUCUAAGCGCGCUCCCCUCUACAGAUCCUCCGGUGUUAACCUGCAACAGCAGCGUUUCGCCCACAAGGAGCUCAAGUUCGGCGUUGAGGCUCGUGCCCAGCUCCUCAAGGGUGUCGACACUCUUGCCAAGGCUGUCACCUCCACUCUUGGUCCUAAGGGUCGCAAUGUCCUGAUUGAGUCUCCCUACGGCUCUCCCAAGAUCACCAAGGACGGUGUGAGUGUCGCCAAGGCCAUCACCCUUCAGGACAAGUUCGAGAACCUCGGUGCCCGCCUCCUUCAGGAUGUUGCCUCCAAGACCAACGAGCUUGCUGGUGACGGUACCACCACCGCCACCGUUCUCGCCCGUGCUAUCUUCUCCGAGACCGUCAAGAACGUUGCCGCUGGCUGCAACCCCAUGGAUCUCCGCCGCGGUAUCCAGGCUGCCGUCGAGGCCGUCGUCGACUACCUCCAGCAGAACAAGCGUGACAUCACCACUGGUGAGGAGAUCGCCCAGGUCGCUACCAUCUCCGCCAACGGUGACACCCACGUCGGUAAGCUCAUCUCCACCGCUAUGGAGCGUGUUGGCAAGGAGGGUGUCAUCACCGUCAAGGAGGGCAAGACUCUUGAGGACGAGCUUGAGAUCACCGAGGGUAUGCGCUUCGACCGCGGUUUCACCUCCCCCUACUUCAUCACCGACACCAAGGCCCAGAAGGUCGAGUUCGAGAAGCCCUUGAUCCUGCUCUCCGAGAAGAAGAUCUCCGCUGUCCAGGACAUCAUCCCUGCCCUUGAGGCCUCCACCACCCUCCGCCGUCCCCUCGUCAUCAUCGCUGAGGACAUUGAGGGCGAGGCUCUUGCCGUCUGCAUUCUGAACAAGCUCCGUGGUCAGCUCCAGGUUGCUGCCGUCAAGGCUCCCGGCUUCGGUGACAACCGCAAGAGCAUCCUCGGUGACUUGGCCGUCCUCACCAACGGUACCGUCUUCACUGACGAGCUCGACAUCAAGCUUGAGAAGCUCACCCCUGACAUGCUCGGAUCCACUGGCUCCAUCACCAUCACUAAGGAGGACACCAUCAUCCUCAACGGUGAGGGUAGCAAGGACAGCAUCGCUCAGCGCUGCGAGCAGAUCCGUGGCGUCAUGGCCGACCCAGGUACCUCUGAGUACGAGAAGGAGAAGCUUCAGGAGCGUCUUGCCAAGCUCUCCGGUGGUGUUGCCGUCAUCAAGGUCGGUGGUGCCUCCGAGGUUGAGGUUGGUGAGAAGAAGGACCGUGUCGUCGAUGCCCUGAACGCCACCCGCGCCGCCGUUGAGCAGGGUAUCCUCCCCGGCGGUGGUACCGCUCUCCUCAAGGCCUCCGCCAACGGCCUUGGCAACGUCAAGACCGCCAACUUCGACCAGCAGCUCGGUGUCAGCAUCAUCAAGAACGCCAUCACCCGCCCUGCUCGCACCAUUGUCGAGAACGCCGGUCUCGAGGGCAGCGUCAUCGUUGGCAAGCUCACCGAUGAGUUCGCCGGUGACUUCAACCGCGGUUUCGACAGCUCCAAGGGCGAGUACGUCGACAUGAUCGCCACCGGUAUCGUCGACCCCCUCAAGGUUGUCCGCACCUCCCUGGUUGACGCCAGCGGUGUCGCCUCCCUCCUCGGUACCACCGAGGUCGCCAUUGUUGAGGCCCCUGAGGAGAAGGGCCCUGCUGCCCCUGGUGGUGGCAUGGGUGGCAUGGGCGGCAUGGGCGUGUUUCCAGAAGGGAAGUGCAUCAUGGCAGUUCCCAACGAUGAGCGGCGUUCACAAGUCGAGACAACAGUCGAUAUUGUCGCCGUUCCAGCAAUUGGCGCAGAUCCAGAAAAGGCAUGGAGCGAUGAGGGGGCGGCCACGCCUUGGCUUCACUCCGAACUGACGAAACACAUUCAAAAUGCCCGUGUGAUACUAAUUGAUCAUGGGAGAUUGGGGCCGCAGGAUGACUUGGAAUCCCUGGCGGACAAGUUGCUAAAUCAAGUACUUCAGAAACGCCAGGCGACUAGCCCACGGCGGCCUAUCUUUUUCAUCUGCCAUAGCACUGGUGGCCUGGUUGCUAAAUCAGCGCUUGUCGCGGCGAGUCAGAAAGCAUCCAAUAUUGAAUCAAUAUGGUCAAGUUGUUAUGGGAUUGCCUUUUUGGCCAGUCCACAUUUCGGCUCGAGCUACCUCUCAGCACCCGAAUUCACCAACAGCGUUCACCACCUGAUGCGACUGAAGCACCAUAUUCCGCCCGGAAUGCAAGAGAUCUUCAGGCCAAGACAUCCCCAUUUGAUACGCCUUUGGAGUCAAUUCAAGUCUAUCUCAGCAGACAUGAAGCUGUGGUCUUUUCUGGAGACGCUUGACUCCGAAAUCAGCAUCGUUGACCACGAAACAGGGACUGCUGUCGAAAUGCACGUUCCCAUUACCUCGAUUCGGUCAGGAAUAUUGGACUUUGAGCACGAGAAGGUCAUUCCUUUGACGGCCGAUCAUAUUGGAACCGCUUGUUUCAGGGGUCAAGAGCUAACGACAAGGUUGAACUUCAUCAAUGAGCUCCAGUCAGCUAUUUCUAUGGCUGUGAUGCUGUCUAAGAUGAACGAUGCCCCCAUGGAUGUGGACCAGGAAGUCAUGAUUCAGGUCAGUGGAUUCUUUGAAGACACGGCUCGAGGCGUCAGCGACGAAACACCGCUCAAGCUUUGGUCCACAAAAGCACCACUGAAGGACUAUCUCGCAUCUGGACCAUCGACGUGCCUCAAGGAUCGACUUCAAAAAACAAGUGGUAUUCCUGCUGGCCUUCUCGAUGAUUCUUCAAUUAGCAGCUUCGAUAGUAGGCCCACGUCUGCGCACGUCCGAUCGUCAAUUGAUGGCACUGUGAAUCCCACUGCAGCACGGAUGACUGAAAGGACUAGAUCUGAGCCUAUUAUGUCAAGGCCACCGCUGAGAGAAAGUCGGAGCUUUAUGGCAUCCUUUUCUCCUCGAAUACAUGUCACCGAGCCAUUCGGCGAGGGUUACUUUGGUGCGCGGCAAGAGCCGGUCUCAGAUUCGCAAAGCCCUAUAGAACAGACUCAACAUGAAGCUGAGACAGACAAUGCCAACGAUGAUGACAUAUCUGCUUUCAAGCAUCUAUCAGCAGGCUCGUCAAACAAAUUUAGAACCUUCCUUCCAGUGCCAAAGCUAUCAAGAGACAAACAAGACGAAGAACGAGCUGAAAAGCCGCGGAGAAUACCUCGAUUUGAUCGACCAGAACCAGGUAGUGAGAAACUUCUCUGGAUCCAUGUGCCCUAUACGCACACCGGAUGGGUCCCUCCAAUUCUAGCCCGGGCCUGUCGCGAGCAAGAUAAGAAGACCUUCUUCGAGAAGCUCAUGGACGAAGAGCAUUGGUACUCGAACCUCAUCAGAGCCCGUCAUUUAGAGCCACAUGCACGUUACGUGCGGCCGGCCUGCAUCCAUUUCAAGCAAGAACCGCAUACAACUUUGGGUGCUCAAGAGGAAGAACAUGACCCUAGACUAGCACUAUAUGUUCCUUACCUUCACUGGGACACUUACUCGAAUCUGGUCCAUCGACGCAAAAUGGUUGAAGAACGGCUCAAGCAGGGCAGGUUUAGGCCUGUGCCUCACAGUAUUUCGACGGCGAGUCUAGAAUCGAAGCUGAUCUGGAAACUCUUGGGCAAUGAGCCUCCGAUUCAUAUACGCAGGACUUUAGACCAAUUUGGGUAUCCCAACCUUAGAUCAACAGUAGCGCGAGACGACGAUCAAAUGCUGUGGAAACGUACGAAGAAAAAGGUCAACUUGAGCGAGUUCAACAGCGCCUUACACGUCGAGGACGACUCGGACAAACACGGCCCGUUCAUGGAUGGAAAAGUGCUCAUGGUCGAUCAGCUUUGGCUUUGGAUUGUCGACGAGAAGACUGUGGUAACAUUCUUCCCUCAUCAAGAAGCCACUACAGCCGAAGGAAAGCUCUAUGAGCAAUCGAACCUUUACAAUAGCAUCUACAAUGAGUUGAAUGGCGAUUUGGCCAGACGCUUCGAGACAGCGGGUGAUCUUGCUGCCUUGAUUGUGUUACAUGCAGCUACUGUUCUGCUUGAUCGAACGUUGCAUCGCGAUCUGCAAAUUCUCCGCAUUUUCGAAGAGUCCAUCAGCAUCCUGACCGAAUCCAUGACGAAAUCGUUCAAACGCUUUCGCAACAGAGGUUUCAUCACGCGCCCUGCAGAUUUCAACAAGAACGCCGAUGGAAAGCCCAUGUCGGCCGCAGAGCGAGAGGAACGAGACCAUGAACUAGCCAGUCGCAACCGCGAAGACCUCUCCACGUUACUGGAACUACGAGACAUCAUCGACGAGCUAGGAACCAUCCUCAAGCUUCUGGACGUGCAAGCCACAACCAUCAAAACAAUGUCCGGCUACUUCGAGCACAAAGGUUACGGGAAGGUAUUCAUGGAAGCUUCGUUAUCCAGACUCGAAGACUACCGCAACCAAGUCCUAGAGAUGAGGGAGAACGCUUCUCUCGCUCAGAAAGCGGUCGAGAACCUCCUCGACCUCAAACAGAAGCAAGCCAAUGUAGAUGAAUCUCGUCUCGCUCGAUGGGAAGCAGAGGUUACACAAGAUCAGUCCCGAUCCGUGAUGGUAUUCACCAUCUUCACCAUCAUAUUCCUCCCCCUCUCCUUUUUCACCUCCCUCUUCGGCAUCAACGCCCGCGAGUGGAGCGGGGAAUCCACAAACCUCACCCUGGGCCAAAUGCUCUACAUCUCAGGCCCAACCUCCUUCGCGAUAAUCCUGAUCGCCCUCCUCGUCGCCUUCAACGAGCGCCUCCGCGAAACCCUCUGGCGUGCCCAGAAACUCGUUCUCAACCUCCUGGCCGACUCCCUCUUCGCCCCCGUCACCCUCGCCCAGCUGCAGUGGCGCAGGGUCACGCAGCCAACGAACCUGUCGGCCUCCCUGUCCACGCUGGGCAGCAACGGCAGCAACAGCAACAGCAACAGCGCCGCCGAAGAGAGCUCGUCGCUCGGCGGCGCCGGCGGCCGGUUGCAGCGGUAUCGGCGGAAUCAUAAUUGGCAGAAGCGGCGGUAUACGGGGGAGGAUGACUUCUGGCUGCGCCAUGAGGAUAAGAUGAUAACGGCGCUGUCGGUGGCGGUUCCGGGCAAUGGCAAUGGAAUGGUGGGGGAUUGAGUUGCUAGAUGAGAUCUUCGAUGAGGAGGAGGAUGUUUUGGGUUGGGUUGGGUUGGACUGGAUUGGGCUGGGUCGGUGAUAGGUGGUGCUGAGGUUAAGUUGCAUAGCGUGUAUGCUCCCUUCUGUAUUAUGAGACAUUGUUCACCCAUAUCAUACUACUAGAGAUGUAUAGAUAGAGCACUACUUGUCGUUACGCCACGCCACGCCACGCCACCACCUGCAGUGAUGGGGCGGCUGCACCCAAAGAUCUUCGCCUCAUUCAGUCAAUUUGACAUUAUACAAUUCUGAAUAUAUACUCGGCUCCAUAGCCAUCGCACAAGGAUUCGUAUAGACAUAUAGAGGGGGGGAGUUUUCUGGGUCGCUCUAUCGGAUAUAUGAUGUUGUACAUGAAAUCAGAAAACCGUGUUGUACCCAACACAAAAUCACUGGCCCACCCUUUUUCAGCGCCAUGCAGAAAUGGAAGACAAAGAAGAAU